CUCCGAUCGGAGGAACUGGAGAGUUUAGGGGCUGCAUAAACCAUGGCAUCACAAGAAAAAAAGGAGGAGCCUGAUGAGAGGAAGGGGAGGCUGACUGCAACACUGAUUCUGGUGACACUUGUUGCAACUUUUGGGUCUUCAUUUCAGUAUGGAUAUAAUGUGGCUUCCGUCAACUCUCCUUCUCCGUUUAUGAAAGACUUCUACAACAGCACCAACAUUGAACGCGUGGGCUCACCCUUGGAAGAUGCCUUCCUAACUUUGUUAUGGUCUCUUACUGUGUCUUUGUACCCACUGGGUGGGUUUUUUGGAUCCUUACUGGUGGGUCCCCUGGUCAGCAAAUUGGGCAGGAAAGGUACGUUGCUGUUCAACAAUAUCUUUUCCAUCAUCCCAGCCAUACUAAUGGGAACCAGUGUAGUGGCCAAAACAUUUGAAGUAAUCAUAGCCUCGCGAUUGUUUGUAGGAGUUUGUGCAGGUCUCUCCUCCAAUGUUGUUCCAAUGUACGUGGGUGAAAUGUCUCCAAAAAAUCUUCGAGGAGCUAUAGGAAUAAUGCCCCAGUUGAUGAUAACAGUCGGCAUCUUAAUGGCACAGAUUUUUGGAAUCAGAUACAUUCUUGGAAAUACAGAAGGUUGGCCAAUAUUACUGGCUCUCACUGGAAUCCCUGCUGUACUGGAGCUUGCCUUCCUGCCUUUCUUCCCAGAGAGUCCAAGAUAUACACUGCUACACAAGGGCAAUGAGGACAAAGCAAAGAAAGCUCUUCAGCGUCUAAGAGGAUGGGAAGAUGUGGAUAGUGAGAUAAAGGAGAUGUAUCAGGAAGACCAAUCAGAAAAGGCUGAAGGACAGUUAUCAGUCAGAAACCUUUGUACUUUCCGCCCCCUGCGAUGGCAGCUAAUCUCCAUUAUUGUCAUGAACAUGGGACAACAGCUUUCAGGGAUAAAUGCGGUGUAUUAUUAUGCAGACAGUAUAUAUAAAUCAGCGGGGGUUAAAGAGGAAACCAUACAGUAUGUUACAGUGGCAACAGGAUCUGUCAAUGUACUCAUGACUCUGGCUGCAGUUUUUAUUGUUGAUUCUUGGGGGAGACGAGUGCUGCUGCUUUCAGGUUUUGGGACUUGUUGCAUCUCUUGUGUUGUGCUAACCAUUGCUCUUGUGUAUCAGACAACAGUGUCAUGGAUGCCAUAUCUCAGCAUUGCCUGUAUCAUUAUCUACGUUAUUGGCCAUGCCAUUGGUCCAAGUCCUAUCCCCUAUGUGAUUACCACUGAGAUGUUCCGUCAGGCUUCCCGCCCUGCAGCUUUUAUGAUUGCAGGGAGUGUUCAUUGGCUGUCUAACUUCAUUAUUGGGCUCAUCUUUGAAUUCCUUAUGAAUGGAUUGGGUGCCUAUUGUUUCAUCCUAUUUGCUGCAAUCUGCUUGGCUACAUUUAUUUUCAUUUACAUUGUGGUUCCUGAAACCAAAGGCAAGACAUUCCUUGAGGUCAGUCAGCUUAUGGCUAAAAGAAAUGGACUGGAGGAAACAGUGGACUCAAAAGAAUUUCAAGAUCUAAACCCACCAUCCAAUGAGAUCCAACAGGAAGAAAAGAAUACAGUAAUCCUAACACCAUUAUGAUUAGGCAUCUUAUUCUCUCUUAUAAAAGCCUUUAUCAUAUAAAA